CCUGCCUGCUCAGUACGAGUCCUUCCCCCCUUUUUGGCCACCACAUCACCUCAGGAGCCACCCUAAUCGCUUUGAUAUCGCAAUGGCCGGCCGGUCCUCUCAGCGAAUCCACUCUCCUAGUAGAGGAAUUUCAAUGCUUGUUCACGCAUGUUUAAUUAGCUUUUCCAAUUCUUUUGAUUUCCUUCUCAAAAAUCCAAACGAAAUAAGUAAAGGAUAUGGCUGGCACUUCCAGUUUCUUACCAUUAUCGCCCUAGCCCUCGCAACAAUAACCUUUCUAGUAGGGUUUCUAGCAGACCUCUUCCUCUGGCAGAAUGCCUUCAUCGUCAAGAAUUGGCUUGCGGUUGGAAGCGCUCCGCUGGAGGUGUUGAUUAGUAUAUUGUAUUGGGGCAUCAGCGCUAUCGAUAGAGACCUAGUUGUACCACCUGAAAUGCUGCUUGACCCUUUUGUCGACAUGGGCUUUCACCUCUUCCCCGCACUGCUUCUACUCAUCGACGUUCUGCUCCUCUCACCGCCAUGGGCGUUUACUUUUCUGCCCGCAUUGUUGAUCCCCUCGGGGAUUGCUACCGGGUAUUGGGUCUGGCUGGAGCAUUGCUUCUCUGUUAACCAGAAUUACCCAUACCCGUUGUUAAAUGUUAUUGAGCCCAAGGGAAGGAUCGCAGUGUUUGUUGGCAGUGCGGUUAUGAUGAUGGUUUGUGCUUUGGGAAUCGGGUGGGGAUACGGGAGGGUUAAUGGGGUUGCUAAGGAGGUGGAGAAGAAGGGGGCGUAGGUCUAGUGGAGCGGGUGGGUGUACUUGGCGCUGAGUGAGGAAUUAUGGAGGCGAUAUAUGGGCUGUGUAUACGGAACGGCAGGGACAGAUGCGACAUCGGUGGUGGUGCAGAUGAGUAGUUAUGAAUAAAAUGAUAGAUGGAGGGGCAAAAAAAAAAGGAUCCGAUUUGAAUGCUAGAAAUACAAACAUAACUUUUGGUCU